AUGUCGGACAACUGGUUCGAAUCGAUAGUAAAGGGGGGCAAACGUAAUUGGCCAGAAUGUGACGCGUUCUUUAAGCAUGCCAAAUAUGUUGACACUUUGGGUUUGGGCUAUAAAGAUUUUGUCGAUAAAGUGGAGGGUCAUCCGUUUUUGUUAAGCCCUGACGACAGGAUGCAUCUCUUUGAUGUUUAUGAAAGUAAGAGGAUUGAUCCAGCUACUUGUCAAGAUGUCAAACACGCUUUGACAUCAUCUGAUUUUGAUAAGUUCAAAAACUGGAACAGUUCUUCAACCCUUGCUAGCAUGGAUAGCCAUAUGUUGGGUGUUUAUCAUUAUAAUCCCAAUCGUAAAUCUACCAGUCAUAAUCCUAAUCAUCAUAAAUUUACCACAUAUGGCGGGAGUGUGAAGGAUCUUCUUAGGUACCUCAGGAAUCUGAAUCAUCAUUACCAUGAACAGAAGUUGGUUGUUUCUAUGGAAGAUGUGGAUCGUCGUGUUCGUACUCAAUUUGGUGGGUUUUUGGAGCAGCUGUACAAGCAUUUAUAG